AUGAACUACCUGCGUCACCAUUCCAUCGCCGCCAAUUACCGGCUACUGGGACUUACACCCCCGCCUCCCAACUUUGCCGUCAUGCAGCCUCUUCUCUACAAACACCUUUCCGAAGAGUACAAAAACCGUGGAGAGUUGGAGCUGGGAGAGGAAUCUCUCACGGUGCAGCCAAACGUGUUUGCACAGAUUGGCAUCAUCGACGUGAACGGUGUCCGCCAAAUGUGGACGAAAGCAAUCAUCCCCGCUCUUCUCGAUUGGCGGCAAAGAGAGCUCCUCAAAAGCGAGGGCGAAUCUCAAGCUGAUCUUGAGGCGAAGAUAGUGUUUUGUGACAUUGGCAGUGGUGUCGGCAACGUUUGCUUGCAGGUGCUUUCUGAGACGAAGUGUCUGAAGAGCGUUGGUGUGGAGAUCAUUCCGUCGCGAAUCCGGGCAGCUGAAGAAGCAUCGAAGCGAGCAAAGCUGCUGUACUCAGACAUUUUCUCCAAAAAGGAAGCUGUGUGGGUGCAGAAGGACCUGAUUAAGUGCGCGGCAAGGCUCAAAGAGGAGGGUGUGACCGUUGUCUUUACGCAUUCGUGGAUGUUUGACAACGAUCUCAUGACAAAAUUGACGGAAGUUAUCGCUCAAGUCCCCAGCAUCCAGUGUGUUGUGACCUCUCGUAAGCUUGACGAAAAGGUGCUUGCUUCAACCAUGCUGCGACAGCGGACCUUGAUGCACUUUAGUGCAGAUUGGAACGACGAAGCCCCUUUCUACAUUUACGGUAAGUAG